GUGGUCAGUCUGUUAAUAUAGAGUCUAAUGUUAUUAUCGACUUCGACAAACUUGUAAUGAUAUUUGUUUGUCAUUGGUUUUUCUCGUCAUUGACAUUUCUUUGCAGUAUAUUUCCUUGAAAUUGCGUGAUUUAAAUUUAUAAAAUAUUUAUUCGAAAACAAAUAGAAAAUAACGUGAGUGUGGAGGUUAAUUUUUUUCACCAAUCGUUUUUUUCAAUAUAUAUAUAUAUCUAUAUCUAUAUAUACAUAGAUAUAAUAUAUAAGUGUAGGAGAAUUUUUUUAAAAGUGUGUGUGUGUAUAUAUAUUCCGACGUUCCCAACCUCUCUGUUUGGGGAAGAAAAAUUUCAUUUGGCUUUUAAAAAAAAAAGUGUUUCUAAGUGUGUGCAAUUUUUCACGAAAAACUACAAUAUAAUAAAUUUAAAACAUUAAUAUAUACAUAUGUAUAAAAUUCACAAAAACGUGGAUUGAAAAUAAAAUUAAUUUUUUCAAUUCCUAAAAACAAUUUUUCACUUGAAUGUGUUUAAAAAAAACAUUUUUUUUCAUACCUAAAAAAUGUUAAUAUUGUAAAUAAUUCUAUUGUUUGAAAUCUAAUUUGAAAGUAUAGAAUAUAUAGAGACAUAAACUGAGUGUUGUCAAUUUCAAUGGAUAAACGAACAUAACCUAGAAAAAUAAAUAAGAUUAAUAAAUUUGCGACAAUAUUUCGCGUGAAAGAAUAUAAUUUCUUUCCUUUUUUUUGUUUUGUGCAUCGAAUUGUUUAUAAUAAUGGAUCUUUGGCAAAAAUUAUUAUUAUCAAGAGGAUUGUUAAUUAAUUUUCUAUUUGGAUUUGAAUAAUUAAUGCAAAUAAUAUGGAUUCAUGGCAAAAAAUUUCUAAUGUUUGAGGUGACGCAAAAAGGUGAAUUAAAAAUUAUCAAUCGAUGAGGAUCCCAGAAUCGGAAGAUCCGUGGAACAUGGACAGUAAAUUGAAGUUCGCUGACCGCUUAAAAGCAUUGCUUAAUAAUGAAUCACGUCAAGACGUCGAUCCUUACGUUUUCAGUGAACCGGAACCAUUCACAUCAUCAUCCGGUGCAACAUCGGCAGUCGCAGCAGCAGUAGCAGCCAAGAACUUCAAAUUUCUCGCAUCCAAAAAUUCGAAAAAUCCACAUUUUCAUCAUCAACAACAACAUCAUCAACAACAACAACAACAACAGCUACUACAACAACAGCAGCUACAACAACAGCAACUACAACAGCAGCAACAUCUUUAUCAACAGCAACAAUCGCCGAAUAAUCGUCCAACAAAAUCAAAAUCGAAAUGCAAUAAUCAGAGAAUAAAAAUAAAACAGGAAUUAACGAGUGAAGUUCCAUCGAGAAAUUUUCGUUUCAAUGAUGGAAUUCAACAUGGAAUUCAACAAGGAGUUCACCAACGUAAAAGAAAACAACAGAAUUCGGUGCGUCCAACGACGAAUGCAAAACGUCCAAGUCGGGAUCAUACACUUUUGUAUUAUCCACGAGCUGGUGAUGAAAUUUCCGAUAGCGAUUCAAGUGGUGAGGAGGCGUCAAUUUAUCAGCGUCAUUGGUUCGCCGGCGAGUCGACAGUUCCAAUGACGAGAUCCUCGCGUCUCAUACAAUUACGCUCGCAAUUGCGAAGACGUUUGAUUCAGCUGCACAAGAGUGGCGUCGAAUCGGAGACAAAUUUACGUGGUCGCACUCGUUGCUUAGUAAAAGCGGCGCAUCGCGAUCCUUCCUCAGCGGCUCGCUCCCUAGGCACGAUUAAAGGCUCACGAAAAGUCAUUGACGGUCCCCUCCUCGUCGGCUCACCCUGUCUCAUGAACAACUGCCGGCAAAUAUCCCUGCCCUGCACUCGACAUUGCGCCCGACACAUCAUGAUGAACGUCGAUCAACAACUCUUCGAGCAUUGCACCGCAAAAUUCAGCGACAACACUCAAUGCUCAAUUCCCGUAUUCGACGUCGCCCACGAAUUGCCCCUGUGUCCGGAGCACGCCCGCAAACGGGACAAUUAUCAUCGCAAAGCGCAGGAAUCGAAGCCAAAGAAAUCGCGAAAAAAACCAACUUCAUUGGCAACAAUGCAACCAUCGUCAGGGGGGUCAACAAAUUCGACGUCAUCGUCUUCUGUUCACCAGACACAACAGACGACAAUGCCGAGGCCAAAGGCAAAGUCAAGACCGAAGAAGAGAAAACGACCUCAACCGCCAUCGGCGGCGACGACGCAAAAUUUGCCACCACCCACUUCGUCAACAUCAUCGACUUCGUCACCAUUGUCGGCGAAUUCGUCACCGAAUUGUAAACAAUUGAUGGAGACGAAGAGUAAUGUUGUUGAGAGUAUGGUGAUUGCGCAACAGGCCGAUGAACUGACGGACGUUGAACAGGAACAUGUUCAUCAUCAUCAUCAUCACGAUCAUGACCAUCAUCAUCAUCAUCAUCGUUUUGUUAGUCAUAUACCCGUUGAAGGGAGUCAUACGAAAACUUUGAAUAAUUUAAAUGCACCGCAAGGGACUUCGAAUACAAAUCUCAAUAAUCUUGGACUUGGUUUGGGAGGAUUGGGACUUGGAGGUGGACUUAAGGUGGAACUUGGAGAUCAUGAAGUUUUUGCAUCCUUGGACGCUGCCGAACAUGAUUUUGGCAAUGUUCUUAAUAAUCUGCCUGCUGACGCUUUCAAUGAUUUGUUUAUUGAGAGCAGAAACGGUGAAUAUGAGCCAUCGCGGGAAGAAGAAGAAGAAUUGGAACGAGCUUUAGAGGCUGUCGACAAAGAUGUACGAACUCUAGAGCGAUUGGGACAAUCGCACGGAUUAUUGGAACCAGCAUUACUUGCCCAAUUGAUGUCGGAUAUUGCCUCGUAGCCCCCUCACUAAUCUCAGCUGUGUGUUGAACAAAAAAAAAAACAAAAACAAAAAAAAAUUCAUCAAACAGCUCGACAACAUUUGUUUCUCGCAUAUCUCAUAAACGAAUCAUUUUUUUCUCCUCUUUUUUAUCGUCAACAAUUUCUGUGCUGGUAACAAAAAGAAAAAAAAGUGUAACUGUGACGUCACUUUACAGAAACAAUUUUUUUCUACACUAGGCAAAUCAACCGAUAAAAAAAAAGUAGUGAGCAAAAGAAAAUUUUUUGCCCUAUUAUUUUUUUGUGGUUCUCGGUGGAAAUUUAAGCUUCUACAUUUUAUUCAAAAUCCUCGAACGAUUAAAAAGAAAUGAGUAGUGAGACUCCGUUUUUUGUGAUAAAAAAAUCCAGUUGAGCGUUUCGUUCAAAUUACGAGUAAUAGUUAAUUAAAAAAAAAAAAUAAAUUGGAAAAGUGAAUCCAAUUGUAAAUCAACUUUUCUUGAAUUGAAAAAAAAGAAGCCGAGAGGAAUUCUCUUUUUUUCAAUUUUAAAAUAUUUUAUCCUCGAGGCAUGGAUUUUGUGUGAACUUUGGACAGAAAAAAAAGGGAAAGGAAACUGAAAGAAAAGAGGCUUAAGUAUUUCUCUAAAGUCGAUUUUAAUCGACGUUUGUACAUAUAAAAAAAAUAUAUUAAAUACCAGACAGUCAAGUGCGUGUACAUUAGAUACAAUUUUUUUUUUCAGAAACAAUAGUCGAAUUUUACAGUUAAUUUCUUUUUUCAAAAAAAAAUGUAUUUCGAACUCGAAAGAGUUUUGAAAACUACGUUUUGCAAAAUGAAAAGCAAAAAAAAAUUAGAAAAUAAUUUUGCCACAUUAAUUCGUUAAUAGAAAACAUUCCGAAAAAGUGAGAAGAAUUAUUUUUGGAAUAAAAUUUUGAGAAUUUAGAAUUCAAUGAAAAAAGAAAAUUCUUUAACUAAAAAGUAUUUAUUUUCAAUGGAAACAAAAAUUUUUCUGUACA